CUCAGAUUUUAGAGAGAGAAAGUAGAGAGAAUGUGCGUCUGUGUGAUUGCGGUUAAUUAAUUGUUUUGCAGAAAAGUAGGGAGUUUGUAUUGUGUUAUCAGUAGAGAGAGAGAGGGAGGGCGACCCCAAAGAAACGGAAGCCGAGUAGUGAGAGAAAGUGCGAAAGAGAGAGAAUCUGCGUGUUGGGGCAGAGAGAGAAUCUAGAAACUGAAGUUGGUUUUUUUAUUUUCUCUCUCUACAUCAACAGGGGCCAGAAAAGGAUGAAUUGAGGCACUGCAGAAGCAGGUUUGGAAGAGUGAGCCUAGAGAGAGAAAGAGAGUUAGAGAGAGAGAGAGAGAGAGUUUUAGAGGGACCGAAUGUUGACAAAUCUCAUGUCACUGUUUUAACUCUCGCCUAGGAUCUCUCGGUCCCCUUGCAGAGUGGCCCAGCAGAGAUCAUCAGCACACCAUAAUCCCUAUCCCCGCAGCCCAAAUCAUCUGAAACCCAUCACAUACCUUUUUGUUUUUCCUUAUUUUAAUUCAUUUUAUUGUUAUUUUUCAUUGUUGUUGGUCUUCUUUCUCUUCAUGGCAAUGCUUGUUGGACUGGUUGUGAAACCCAUCUCCUUAUUGUUUUUUUUGGGGAUUUGUAUGGGUGAGAGAAUGGAUUUGUGUUUUGCUUCAUCUGAGAUUGAAUGGACAGUCAAUGUAUUGUGAAUUCUUCUUGGGUCAUUUUUUUCCCCUUGAAAUUUUGCUUUUCUUUUCAUGAAAAUUUGCCAUGGAGAAGAUUUAGCAAAGGAUGAGCAACACAAGAGAAGGUGGUCAUAAGUAUCUUCUUCCAGGUCCUUUGAAGACUAUAUUUGUUCUCAUUUCUAUUGCCAUUGCAAACUCGGUAGGCAUGGGUGCUAAAGUACAAUUCAAAAGCUACGCGCCACUGUAUUACUCAAUGAAGGAUCUGAAUGAAGAUGCUAAGAGUGAUGCUUGGUCACAUAUUUAUGAAGACAAAAUGUUAAGGGGAGGGCAUUAUUAUAAUGGUUUCAGGCCUGUACAUAUGGAUGGACAUCUGGAGUAUGACAAAGAAAUACUUAAGCAGACAAUGCUUAAGCAUGAAGCCGUAUUCAGGAAUCAGGUCCACGAACUGCACCGCCUCUACAGAGUACAAAAAGAGUUGAUGGAAGACCUUAAGAUAAAAGAAAACAAUAAAAAUUCUUUACAGAUGGGAGGUCCCCAAGCAAACCCAUUAUUCUUUCAAAUGGCAUCAGAGGGGAGAGAAAAAACAAUUAAAACACCAAUCAUUGGCAUGGGUAUGGCACACGCAAGUUCUUUUAGUGGAUCAUCUAUACCAGGUACUAACAAUCUUCCAUCUUCUGUGAAAUUUUUGAUGGAGAGUAGCACAGAGGUGGUAUCAAAGCAUGUCCAUAAUGAAGGGAUGGUGAAAAAUAAUGCAUGGUUGAAAGCCACAAAGCCGAGAAGAACUUUUGAUCUCUGUCUUCCAGCUGAUGAGUAUAUAGACAUAGACGACCAAGAAAAUGUAAAGGAAGAAAAUAUAGGUGGCGCAUCUUUUAAUGCUUAUUCUGGAACUGGGUCUUCCCUUAAAGAUCGUGGGAUGCAUCUUGAGAGUGAGGUGAAGCUUACACUUGGCAGUGGAAAACCAAGUUGUAAAGAAGAUGGUUUGAAACUUGAUAGCCUUGCAUAUUCCAAUCCAUACAUUCAGAACUUGAUCCAAUUAAAUGGACCCAAAGAAGGCUUAUGCAAUAAGGAUGCAACUGGUUUGGCUUCGGUUGGUAUUUUGGGUCCAUUGAUCCAGGGUGAAGAUACUUCUAAGACACAAUAUUCCUUGCAACCAGUUACUGGUCUUCCAGGACCUUCGAGGGAGUUUUUCUCUUACAGUCAGAGAGACAAUGAUCCUAAGACUCACGGGAAUCACACUGAACCAGGGGCAAGCAGAAGGGAGUGGCCAGCUUUUAAUCUUGAACCUGUGCACUGCAGAAGCAAUGGGACUCCAUUUCCCAAUGGAUUUAAUCAUUCUAAUUUCCCCGUGGCUUAUGAGCAUCCACCAUAUUUAUUGAAAAAUGGUUUCGAGCUCCCUUCAUUUCCAUUGCCUGAUCAGACGCAAAAUGAAAUAUGGUUCAGAGAGAGAGCUGGCUAUGGAAUCCGAGUCCCUGAAACAAAUUCUGGUCUAAAUAAGCCCCCCUGUGCAGGAGCUGUAUCUUCUUUCCCAUCAUUACCAGGUUCUGUGACACUUAAAUUUCAACCUGUUGAUCCCAAUAGUGGGUCUUCCUCAACAUUUAACAACUUGAAUCAUGUCCCAUUUUUGAGUCCAUAUAAAGGUUCUGAGAUAUCCAAAAGUUCUGAAUAUACAGAGGAGAGGUGGCAUCCAAAUAGUAGUUCAGGGGUCUGCCAGAGCUCCAAUUGUAAAUCUUCCAACCAGAAAGGACAUGCCCAUGUAUUGGAGUUUGACCUCAAUGCAUCCUCGUCUGAAGCCAAUUUGUUCCUUUCUGAGAAGCCAAAUGUUUCUAAUGGUGAAUGCGAGGCCUACAAGAGUCACGAAGACAAGGGCCCCAAAAAACGUUUUAAGGGCUUUGACUUAACGCUGAUGCCUUCUGAUGAUUCUGAAGGGGAAACUGGACUCCAAUCAGAUAAUGGAGAGAGAAAGCCUGAUAGAGAGAGAAAGCAAUUAGAUACAACUGGGUCAAGCACUAUAGAAACUCAUUUGGUAUUUAAGAAUGCAACGGUUCCAUCGGUUAUUACCCAAGAUUCAGAAAUGGGUGAUCUUUCCAACACCCUAUUGGAUAUCUUGCCAUCUGAUUCUGUUCCAGCAAACUGCAAGAACAUUAAUGUUAAGGAACAUGAAAUUGUUGAGAUUAUACCAAGAGGUGUUUCAAUUUGUUGCGUGGUUCCUCAUUUUGAAGAGAAGUCUUUGGUGAAUGUGAGAGAAAGAGGUACAGGUCUAGUGAGAGAAGGGAAGCUCUAUGAAGGUUUAUAUGAGAAAAAAACUCCUCGAAAAAAUGAAGGAAUGUUAGCAGAUGAGGGAGGGGGAGCUGGAAAAAAUCAUAUAGCCGCAUGUAUUAAUGAGAGAGAAUCAGGUCUCAGUGAGGGAGAACUGGGCCUUGCAAAUCACGAGGCACAAGAAGAAAUAGUCUCCAAAGAAGGGAGCAUCAUGUCAGUGGCUGAAGCUCUCAUCCUCUUGUCAGUGGACCAACACCAACCAGAUUGUGGCACCGGUCAUGAGCCUACACCUGCCACUUGGCAGCCCCUCGAUUGCCUUGCUGAGGCUGCCUGUGAAUCGCAGCUGCCAGAUGAGGCAGUGGCCGCAAGGUGCGAGAGUGAAGAAAAUGGCAUUGAUUUCUUUGAGUCCAUGACGCUCAUGCUUACUGAGACAAACUUCGAGGAAGAAGAUUGGUUCAAAUAUAAAAGGGUAGAGGCUGAGGCAGGCCCUGGCCCGGGCUCUAAUGGACCUGAGAUGGGUUCAUCAGGGCCCACGAGAGGAAGGCGGAGGCGACGUCGAGAUUUUCAAAGAGAGAUAUUACCCGGCUUGGCAUCGCUGGCUAGGCAUGAGGUCACAGAGGACAUGCAAAUAAUUGGUGGGCUUAUUCGGGCCUCGGGUUGCUCAUGGCCCAUGGGCCCAGCGAGAAGGGGCACACGUGCUCGCCGCACAAGUUGCACUUUUCCCAUUAAUGAUGCGGGCUUGGCCCUUGUUGGCACCAUGGGCCUUGGAGGUGGACCUAGGGAUAAGGUGGACCUUGGAGGCGAGCUGGAGAGUGAGGUGGGGCAAUUGCAGGGGAUUUCGUGGGGAAAGACGACGAGGAGGAGGCGUAGAGUGCAGAGAUUUUCGGGGACGGUUUUGGCCCCGAGCCUUUCCUUUAAGGCAAGUGAGAAUAUGUGCUGAGAGAGAGAGAGAGAGAGGGAGCUCAUGGGGCCUGGUGGUUUUUUAGUGUUAUAGAUGAUGCCUUUGUAAAUGUCAAUGUGCGGGCCCAAAUGGGUGUCCGACUAUCUGUGAGUUAACAAUUUGUAUAAUUAAUUCCAUAAUAAUGGUGAUUAUUGUUUUGUGUGAGUA